UAUUGAGCCCCGCUUUUUUAUCGCUAUCUCUCACACCGACCACUUUCUGUUUUCAUUUCUCUUACAGCAGAGAAACAAAGACAUAAACAAAAAGCUCAUUCUUUUGUACCCUUUUGCUCUUGUUUCUCAGAGGUUUUCUUGGUUUUUCUUGUUUGCUUUUGUUUGAGUGUUUCUGUUGUAAGAAAAAGAAGAAAAAGAAGAAGAAGAGGAGGCCGUUGGGAGUUUAGCGUAACUGGAGUUUCAGCUUAGCUUUUAGGACCCGAAGUCGUUUAAUGCGGUUCAAGGAAGUGAGUUUUGGAGCGUGAAGUUGUGUUUAGCUUUUGUGAAAAUGGGUGAAGCAGAGAUGGGUUCAGUGUUAAAGCAGACACUAAAGAAUCUUUGUUGCAGUAAUGGGUGGUCUUAUGGUGUUUUUUGGCGCUUUGAUCAGAGAAAUUCCAUGUUGUUAACAAUGGAAGAUGCCUACUAUGAAGAGCAAAUGGGGCCUUUGGUUGAUAGUAUGCUUCUAAAGUUUCACAUCCUGGGUCAAGGAAUUAUUGGCCAAGCCGCUUUCACAGGAAAGCAUCAAUGGAUUUUCUCAGACUCCCAUGGUCAAGCUUGGGAUUCCACUGGAAAUCAAAAUAUAUUUCAGGAUGAAUCUGAGUUUCAAAACCAAUUUUCAUCCGGGAUCAAGACAAUUGCAAUAAUCUCUGUGGAAACCCGGGGAGUGGUUCAGUUUGGAUCCACACAGAAGAUUUUGGAGAGAUUGGAAUUUUUGGAUGAAACAAAGAAGUUAUUUUAUGCCAUGGAAAGUUGUCAUGGGCUUAUCCCCCUGGAAAAUGAAACUUGCAAUCUAGAUGGAUUUUUUGCUUCCCUAGCAGCAUCUGGAAAUUUUUAUAACGAGAAUCUGAUAACUGAACAAGGUGGCUGCUCUAAAGAGCCAAAAGGGAGGCCAUGUUCCUUGACAAAUCUCAGUAAAUCCUCCAGUUCUAUGCGUGAGAUUCAAGACCAGAGAAUUAACUCUGUGCAACAGAAUUUAUCUCAUCUCAGAACUCAACUGCAAACAAUUAGUGCAGAAGCUCAAAUCAUAUCAUCUGGUAAGACUGGUAACUGCUUGGCUGCUGAUACCCCUUGCGCUAGUACCUGGAGUAGUGAAGGUUCAAUUUUGACUUCAUUUGAGACAUCUUUGCCAUCUGAAAGAGGCAUCUGGGAUUCUCCAAACGCACUUCCUAGAAAGGCCAAUGGUCAUUUACUCUGUGGAAAAACGGAACAACAUUUUCAGGGUGCUUCAACAUUUACUUCAUUCUAUAGCACAGGAGAACUGGUUGAUGCAGAAUUACCUAUUGUAGACAGCUUUGGGAAAACAGCAGAGAACCUGCAUUCUUUAGGCUGUACUGGUGGACUUCUGGAUAGUGUCGUUAAUCUACAACGAAUCCCUGAGGAAUUUAACCCAGUUGACUUUGCAACAGGUCUCUCCAACUCCUUUACACUGGAUGAUCUUUCUCAGUGGUUUGCUCCUUCACCUCACCAUAACAUCAAUGGAGCAGGAGCAACAAUGACUAGUGAUCUUUCAUGUUCAAAAGAAGUUACCUCAGUGUCAUCCACUCUGGUCGGAGGUGAUACAAUAAUUGACAUUGCAGUUAGACAAACAGCUAAUUCCAUCACGGAUAUGUUCAUAUCUAAUAUAGAGAAAUCUACAAUUGUUCAUGAUGAUGGAUAUGAUCUGUUUGAUGAUGUGGGACUGAAUUUUGGAUUUGGAAAAACUGGGGAGUGCUUGGAAGAUAUUAUCAUGCCAUUGUUGCAUGGGGAUAAUGCUGCUGUGAGUUCUGGAAUGUCAGAAUCCAUUUCAGAAUUGGAUGUUCAUUCCAUGAAUGGCAAGCGAAAAGGGUUAUUCUCUGAACUAGGCCUUGAAGAGCUUCUAGAUGGUGUUAGUCAUUCUUCUUACGCUACCAAAUCUAGUGUUGAGGAUCAAUUUUCGACUACUAAAAGAAGGAAAAGUGAAAGUUCUUCGUCUAAUUUUCAUCAAGGUCAAUUUGUGGGUGUUUCUUGCUCUGGUGGGAGCAUGAAUCUGGUGCAGCAUUCACAUAACUGGGACAAGAGUAAUAAUACUAUAUUCAACAAAGAGGUUCACCAAAAAUCACAAGUAGGUGUAUGGAUAGAUGAUAGCUAUAGUGUCAAUUCUGGACAUGCUGUUAACGCAACAUCAAAGAAGCCCACCAGGAAAAGGGCUAAACCUGGUGAAAGUACUCGACCAAGGCCCAAAGACCGUCAGCUGAUCCAAGAUCGUAUCAAAGAGUUGAGAGGGAUUAUCCCUCAUAGUGGAAAGCAGUUGAGCAUUGAUCUUUUAUUGGAGCGGACCAUUAAACACCUGCUUUUCUUGCAAGGUGUGACCAAAUAUGCAGACAAGAUUAAACAAGCUGAUGAACCAAAGCUUAUUGGCCAAGAGAAUGGACUGCUUCCCAAACACAACAAGAUGAGUGGUGGUGCUACAUGGGCAUAUGAAGUGGGGGCUCAGACUAUCCCUAUUGUAGUUAAGGACCUAAAUCCACCUGGCCAAAUGCUUAUAGAGACGCUCUGUGAAGAUAGAGGAUUGUUUCUUGAGAUAGCAGAUGUCAUUAGGGGCUUUGGGUUGAAUAUCUUGAAGGGAGUGAUGGAGCUCCAAGAAGAUAAGAUAUGGGCGCGAUUCAUGGUUGAGGCAACCGAGCAAGUGGAAAGAACAGAUAUAAUUUGGUCCCUUCUCCUUCUUCUGCAGCAAACUGGCACCAGUGGGAUUGAUUCUGCAAAUCAGGAAAGCAGGGCCAUGGAUGGUGGGAUUUCCCUAUCAAACAAUUACCAGCAACCUUUGCUGCUGCCUUCUGUCAGCAUGGCUGAGACACUUCAAUAAUUAGAACACAUAUUUAAGGGUUCCAGAAGUACCUUGAGCAUUCACAUCUAAAGGGCGUGCUGUGAUUGGUGUUCUGGAAAUUGAAGAGCCAAAACUGAAGAUAGAGGAGGUUCUUCAUUACAUUCAACUGCCUUAGAUACACAGUGUAUAUGGUUGAUAGACUAGGAAAUAUUCUCGAAGGAGUGGCAAGUGAUCUAUUUGCUCCUUAUACAGUUUCUGGAAAGGGAGGCAAGACCGUGGGAUAUGGAGCCUGCCAGCCUAAGGAGCAAAGCCUGAUACAAACUUGUCUCAUAUAUGGCGAACCAAUCUGUUUUGCAUGUGAGGGGGCUAAAUGAUGGGUGUUGAACUAUAGUUCUUAGUUUUAACUUCUUUGAUGCUGAUCCUGCCAUAAUUUGUUUAUAAGCCAAAGCAGAUGACACAGUUAGUUGUAGGCUAACCGCUAAUUAUUUUUUCUUGGUGUUUCUGUUGUUGUUUGAUUAGCAUAACAAUCAAUAGAAAUUAGCUUGCUUUGUCUUUCCAAAUGUUGCGUCUUCCAGGCAAUUCUGUUACACCACUGCAAUAUAUACUUUCUUCUGAUCA